AUUACUUCAUCGAGCAGUUACUGAAACAACAUGUCAAGUAUACUCUUAAUUCUAUCUUUAUACCUGGUAGCAGUAUCAGCAUUACCUAAAAAACUUCAAUGUAUACAAACUAAGGGAGAAAAAACUGGAGAAAACUGUUGCAUUAGAAAGAACGAAUGUGGAUGUGGAGUAUUUAAUUGUGGUACACCAAGAAGACAAGGAAAUGAUUUUGGGUCACACAGCGAAAGUUAUGCAAAAUCUCAAGACGAACACUCAGAAGACAAAGAGGAAAACCAAGAAGAAGAUCUAUACGAUCUGUGGGAUCCUGCACUUUUCGAAACUGGGCUUGAAGAAUGACUAAAGCGUCGAGGACGUCCAGAAUAUAAUAUGUGUUUACAACCUCUUGUUAUAAUUAAUCAUUUGGCCGAUUAGAUAUCUAAUGAGCACUUUGAUAUUCAAUUUUCUUUGCCUCGUUUUUGUACAUAGCUUUUAAAAUUUUAUAACAGGUACACAUAUUAGAAAUCAAUAGCAAAAAGGUAUUCUUUUCUUUCAUGUUAAAAAUUCUAAAUGCUUUGAAAGACCGCUUUUUUUAUGGUGACAAGGAUAAAAAUCACAAUAUCUUGCUAACGAUGUUGUGGUAAAUGAGAGAACGAUAAGUGAAUUUAUAAAACUAUAAUUAUAUCGUGCAUUAGCUACGCACAUGGCAUCAUAUUCUAUCAUUUCCAUUAACAACCUAAUUAUGCAUAACAAAUUUUAGAUAACUCCCAACAACUAGACCAAAAUUGCGAAUCGUUAAUCAAACACAAGACUUUCUACUCCAAGUUAAAAGCUAGGAAAACAAUAAUAUGACAAACAACUGAUAAAAUAGCACUCAACUGAUAAGAUUAACUGACUCUAUAGGGAUUUGGAAAGCUGAUAAACUUUCAGCUACCAUUUCGCUUACGAAAUUCGCUUAGGAAUAUAGAAAGCGGAUUAAUGCGAUUAACGAUAAAACGAUUGACAAACUCAACAGUCUUGGCAGCCCGCCAAGUGUUAAUAACAAACUUACGGCAGAGUGAAACGUAAGAGCAAGAGUUGAUGGUGCGUUACUUUUACAACAGAAAACGGUUUCUUUUUAUUCUUCUCACUUUCAACAAGAUAUGAGCAUUCAAUUUUUCACAAAGAGUAAGUUUUAUCUUAUAAAACUUGAUAUAGAACUUAUUUUCAAAGGUCAGUUUAAUCAUUGUUAAACAUGAAGAUACUUGCAUUGGUAUUGUUUAUAUCUUUAUACUGUGCACUGGGUAUUUGGUAAAGUAUAAUGUAUACAAAGAACCUUUAAUUUCCGUAAUUCGAUAUACAUUAUACAAUAAUACAUGAUUUUACAAUUAUCCUUCUUUUUAUCUGUUUAAUGGUAGUUUGAAUGACGAAUUAAAUUCAACGAUUGAGAAGAUAUUCAAUCUGUUCUUACUUUUAAAUUAAGAUACGACGCCAUCUAUUGCUUUUUUUUAAGUAAUGUCCUUUGACACUCGGAAUUAUCUAGGGUAUUUUGCUAUUAAACGAAUUUGUAUAUUAAUUUUUUGUAGAGAGAAAAGUAUCCUUUCUGAAGUUAAAUGUACUUAAACGUUUUGUAUAAGUACUAAUACAAUUGAACUUACCGAAAAGGGAGAGUAGAGAGAAUGUGGCAGAACAUUACCAAAAGGAUGCUGAUGAAAAUGUGGAAAAUAAGUAGCAAGUUGCUGCUCCUGUAGAGCUAAGAAUCGAGAAUUUAAUUCCUGUUGAAGAAAAUCGACUCCUUGAGAAGACUUUUGCCUAUCCGAUACAGACAGCAUGCUGCCUCGACUUAGACUGGAAUUCGUAGAGAAAAUGGUGGUAACUAUUCGUUAGUCAUCAACCAAUCAGCGUCGUUCUUUUGUUACACGUCCACUCACUUAGAGGUGCUAGAUAUUGGCGGCUCGCGGCGAAACUAUCGAUAAGGGGGCGCCGGUUGAUCGAGCCCUAACGUAAGUUAUGUAAUUUACGUCGUUUACGGCUGCAGUACGAGAUUUAUACAUCAGUCGCUGGGGAAAUCAGACGCGUCUCUAAAUCAAUUUAACAGCCUAUUGGUGCAAAUGGCAGCAGUCACGCUUUUUUUCCUUCUCCGAAAUUUGACGUCUUAGGUUACGUACUAAGUAACAAAUAACUGAAUUAUGCAAGUGUUUACAAUGGAGCAGAAGUCUUUGGGGCUAUCCUAAAGAAUUUACAGUUAGCUGUAGCAGAAUAACAGCAAGGCAUAGAAUAUCCAGAAAUGAUUGUUUAUAUUUUAUAGUGCAU